UAUUUAGUUGUCUUGUGAUGAAGUUGAAAAAAAAGCAAGGCAAUACAAGAGGAUGGCAUCUUCAGUAAAUUGGGGAUUCCAAGCGAAUUGCUCAUUACAGAAAUCUUCAUUUUCCGACAAAUUAAAUAACUUAAAAUCAAAACUCUUCUCUACCCUCAAACCAUUUUCUAGAGAGUUGGAGUCAUCAUUUCUCCUCCAGACAACCGUGAAGAACACUUCGUUCAAAUUAUUGGACGCCUUUGUUGAUUCUGUUUUUGAAUUUGUUGAGCAGCCAUUGCUCCCAUCUCAGAGCAACUUUGCUCCGGUUGAUGAAUUAAAGAAAGCGGUUACUGUUACCGCCAUUGAAGGGGAGAUUCCACAUAGUUUCUCCCAGGGUGUCUACAUCAGAAAUGGAGCAAACCCACUAUUUGGUGGACUAAAAUCAACAAAUUCAGUUUUCGGAAGAUCAAGUAACAUCUGGGUAGAAGGGGAAGGAAUGGUUCAUGCUCUGUAUUUUGAUAAAGGUAGCGACGGAAGGUGGACUGUCCUCUACAAUAACAGAUAUAUCGAAACCGAAACAUUCAAGCUCGAAAAUGAACGAAACAGACCAUGUUUUCUUCCCGCCACUGAAGGAAAUCCAGCAGCGGUAUUAGCAGCUUUCUUUUUCAAUCAGCUGCGAUUUGGAAAAGUGAACAAGUACUUUAGCAACACCAAUGUAUUUGAGCAUGCAGGCAGAUAUUUCUCGGUUGCUGAAAAUCACAUUCCUCAAGAAAUUGACAUCUUUACUCUCCAAACAUUAGACAAUUGGGAUGUUAAUGGAACUUGGAAUCGGCCUUUUACUAGCCACGCGAAGAGAGCUCCGGAUAGUGGGGAACUGGUAAUAAUGGGAAUAGAUGCAACGAAACCUUUCAUGGAACUAGGAGUAAUUUCUGCUGAUGGGAAGAGAUUAGUUCAUAAAGUGGAUCUAAAACUUGACAGAUGCACCCUUUCUCAUGAUAUUGGAGUUACACAAAGGUACAAUGUGAUAUUGGAUUUUCCAUUAACCAUAGACAUUCACCGGCUAAUUAAGGGAGGCCCGUUGAUCCAAUAUAACAAGGAAGACUAUUCAAAGAUAGGAGUAAUGCCUCGCUACGGUGAUGCAAACUCAAUCAAGUGGUUUGAGGUACAACCCGCUUGCACAUUUCACAUCUUCAAUUGCUUCGAACAUGGCGACGAGGUUGUAGUGUGGGGGUGUAAGGCUCUUAAUUCGGUGAUACCAGGACCAGAAAUGGGAUUGAAUAAAAAUGAAUGGUUUUCGAGAAGGUUUAGGGCUAUACAGUCGUCAUUAUCAAGUGAAGCAAAUAGUAAUGGUACUAAUGAAGAUGAAUCGUUGUUCAGUCGUUGCCACGAAUGGAGAUUAAACAUGGAGACUGGAGAGGUUAAGGAAAGAUAUUUAAGUGGAACCCAAUUCUCCAUGGAUUUUCCAAUCAUCAAUUCGGACUAUGCUGGUCUUAAAACUAAAUAUGGCUACACUCAAAUGCUUGAUUCUGAGGCCAGUUCUGUUUCAGGCAUGGCAAAAUAUGGAGGUCUAGCUAAAUUAUACUUUGAAGAGCCACACAAGAAGUCCAGUUUGAUAGAGAAUCAAUUUGAUGAGGUGAUAAGGGUAGAAUACCAUAAAUUUGAAAAGAAUACUUUCUGCACCGGAGUUGCUUUUGUUCCUAAAAUCCACAGUCUUGAAGAAGAUGAUGGCUGGCUCAUUGCUUUUGUUCACAAUGAAGACACUAAUGUGUCCAAAGCAUAUAUAGUUGACUCAAACAACUUCAGUGGUGAAGCUAUUGCCAAAAUCACAUUGCCUUGCAGAGUUCCAUAUGGGUUUCAUGGAGUUUUUAUGCCAAUCCAACUGCCAAAUUUGAUAUAAUAAAGAUUUCAAGAUCAUUAUAUAGAUUCCAAACUUCAUAGAGAAAUGAUAUUGUUAUCUCAGUUGUUAAACAUCUAAAAAAAUAUCUAGCUGGAAACUCUUUGUGAUUAGCUCAUUUGAAAAAUGUUUGUAGAUUGAGAAAAAAAAAUCUUUGUAAAAUACAAUUUAUCUCAAUAAUUAUGCAAAUAUUUUACUCUAA